AUGACCCCGAUAAGUCUUCAACAAAGAUUGAAGCUCGUUUUAUCACAUUUAAGGGCGUUGAAGGAACAGAGUCCUGGUUUUCAGGUCGUUGUUUUCUCUCAGUUCUCCUCAUAUCUUGAUCUAAUAGAGAACGAACUUAAACUACUCGAUGGAGGAGGCGAAACGGAGUUUUCGGUGUACAAGUUCGAUGGUCGUUUGAACUUAAACGAGAGAGAUAAAAUUCUCCAGCAGUUUGUGCAAAAGUCUGAGGAAGGGAAAAUCACGGUGCUCCUUCUUUCUUUGAAAGCAGGAGGUGUAGGGCUUAAUUUGACAUGUGCAAACAAAGCCUUUAUGAUGGACCCGUGGUGGUCUCCUAGUAUUGAAGAUCAAGCCAUUGAUAGAAUCCAUCGAAUCGGACAGGAGCAAAAUGUGAAGGUGACAAGGUUUGUGGUGAAAAAUAGCAUCGAAACAAAAAUGUUGAAAAUUCAAGAAAGAAAACGGAUGAUGGGAGAAGCGGUCGAGGUUGAAGAAGAAGAGAGAAGACGACAGAGAAUAGAGGACAUCAAACUUUUGUUCGAUGAAUAG